AUGGACCAAUACUUUACAUACGAGGCGCGACUUGCAUCGUUCCAAAAGACCUCGAAAAAGAGGGGAUCAACAGCGGGUGGGCGUAGCAAGGCUUUGAAUUGGCCGCACAAACAGAUUGCGCCCGCGAGUCUAGCGAUAGCUGGAUUCUACUUCGACCCAUAUCCCGAAAACCCCGACAAUUGUGUCUGCUUCCUUUGCGGAAAGGGCCUAGAUGGGUGGGAAGCUGGUGACGAUCCUCUCGAGGAGCAUCUCAAGCAUUCCCCCCAAUGUGGAUGGGCCAUAGUAUCAGCAAUCGAAGCCGAGAUCGAUGAGUAUUCAAGGCAAGACCCGACCCUGCCCCAUAUGGUAGAGGCACGAAAGGCGACAUUCGCUGGAAAAUGGCCCCAUGAGGGAAGGAAAGGAUGGAAGUGCAAAACAAAACAGCUUGUUGAAGCUGGCUGGAAGUAUACACCUACGGAUGAGUCAGAUGACAUGGCGACUUGUGCGUAUUGCCAAUUGGCUCUAGAUGGAUGGGAGCCCGGCGACAAACCUUACGACGAGCAUUACAACCGAUCACCGAACUGCACAUUCUUUGCCUUGGUCAACGAAUUUGGAGGGCCCAAGAAGAGGACUGCUCGAGGCAAGGCGGCGGGUGUAUCAAAGACUUCUCGACUAUCUAUGCAAUCGGUGGCCACGACUGCCUCUGACAUCGCGUCUGUUGCCGAUAUGACGGCAGAACCAGAGGAUAGUAUUCUCACUACUACAUCGACGGCGACGCAGGGGAGCAAGAAGACGGCGAGCAAGAAAAAGAAGCCAGCAACGACAAAAGGCAGGGCUAAGACUAAGAAGGCGCAAGGAAUUGAGAGAGAAGAGGACGAUACUGUUGACGAAGAGCCUGUGUCACUACCGAAAGCCACAAAGGCAACCCAUGGCAAGAAACGAACUAGUGACGCCAUUGAUGAUUCCGUUCUCUUUUUAUCCGAGGCCCCAGCGUCUAAGAAACAAGUCACACAAAACCGAGAAAGCAGUCAAAUUGACAGCUCUACCAUCACACCUGAAGAUGUCGAGUUUGUUGAUGCGCAGGCGUCAAAAUCGGCCGGUCGCGCCAGGAGUUCCAGUGUAAAGUCAAGCCGCAAGCCAUCUGCCCUGGGGGCAUCCGUGGCUUCACUCCGGGCACCUCUUGCAGAUUUCCCUGACGAUGAUGAGAUUGAGCGCCAGCUCGAGGCAGACUUGGAACGGGCAUUGACGGAUGACGAUGAAAUUGCACACGACUCAGAAUCCGAGCGAUCGAAAGCGAUGGCUAAUAAGAAGUCAAAGGGAAAACUGACCGAUGAGCAGUUGGAAGACUACGCCAUGUUUGAUCCUGCUGAAGUUGAGCACGACGAAGAUGCGUUGGAUGACGAACUUCGAAAUCUUCAAGCCGAAAUGGAGGUUGAGGAGCCAAACCAAAAACUUCAUGUUCCCAAAAAGGGUCGUAAACCUGGAACUGGAAUACGCAAAGCAUCCAAGCAGACAAAGGCAAAGAAGGCCAAGGCUCCUUCACCAUCUCCAGAACCUGAACCAGAGGCUAUUGACCCACCUUCAGAGAUUGAGGAGCAUGAAGCUAGCAUUGGGAGCACAGAUGCUGUGGUGAAGAAUACCGACACCGUAGAUUCUCCUCCGUCAAUCAAGGCCCCUUCAAGAGCUGUCAAAAAAUCGUCGCUAGCUUCUAACGCUGCAUCAAAACCUGCAGAAGCACCCGCUAGACGUGGCCGCAGACCGAGCAGCACAACGGCUGAACCUAUACAGCCGUCGGAAUCUACUCAGCCAAGUGAAGGCCAUGCUGAUGAUGAGGUCUCUGAGGCGGACGGCGAAACUCAUCGACGUGAAUCUGCAGGGACGCCCCAGCUUGAGGAAGCGUCAUCGCCUCUCGAGGAAGCUUCCUCGCCGGCUGUGUCCAGGUCAAGACUAGGGGUUGAGCCGCCAUCUACUCCCCCAAAGUUCACGUCACCAGCGCCGUCGGCACGCCAGCCAGCGUUGUCGCCGUCACCAUCACCGCAGUCAUCCGACGCUGAAAACCUGCCCCCGUCAUCUCUGCCCCCGGCCAGUGCCAAGGCGAAGCGCGUUGUCCUCGCGCCCUUGGCAGCUACGCCGGCCCGCAACUCACCGUCAAAACGCAAUAUGCUUGCGGCCGGCUUGCAGAGCCAAAUUCCGUGGACGGCGGUGGACAUUGAUGCCGUUAUGGGUACACCACGCUGCGGGGAUGACAAGGAAAAUGCGGUUAGCCGGCUGUUGAAGCAAGGCAAGGAACUUAGUAGCCCAGAGACGCGCAUGACGGUGGAGGAAUGGAUUCACUUCAACGCGGGGGAGGCAGAGAAGAAGCUCAAACAUGAAUGUGAGGCCAUGGUCACACAGUUCGAGAGGGAGGGCACAAAGGCAAUGAAUGUUUUGGAGAGCCUGUCGAUAGAGUAG